AUGUUAUUACCAGAUAAUAUUGAUACCCAAAGUUUAAUUAAAAGAGUUGUAUAUUACAAUAAUUAUAACCGUUCCGGUUGGUGGAGAUGGAGAUGGUUAUUAUGGUUAUUAAUAUUGAUUCCUAUUUUUGCCAUGAUCUUUUUAUUAUCAAGAAGAAGAAGACAAAAUAAAGUAGUAGCUUAUAAUAAUCCUGGUACACAACCAAAUGGAGCUUAUUAUAAUAAUAAUAAUAAUAAUAAUAAUCAAUAUCAAUAUCAAGGAGGAUAUAAUGGGAAUAAUGAUUUACCACCACAAGCUACUCCAGGAUAUAUUCCUCCAGCUUAUCCUGAAACUUCACAACAACAAGGAUCAUAUGGUGGGUAUAAUCCACAACAACAACAACAACAACAAGGUUAUAAUUCUCAACAAGGCUAUAAUUCUGAUGAAUUUUCCAGACCCGAGGGUCCACCCCCGGCACAUACAAAAGCUUAUUAG